AUGAUUGAUAGAAAAUCUAAAAAUUCUCAGAAAGGUGUUCUUGAGGCUCCAAAAGCAACGCCAGAGCAGAUUAGAUUUGCUAAGCUUCUUAACAAUUCUAAUUCCGAACAAAUGGUGGAAUUAAAACGUAAAUUAGAGCAGGUUCAAGAAUGUACUAAUUGCUCUCUUGAGACAGCUUAUUCGGCUUUACGUGAUGCCGACAACGAUGUUCAAUGUGCUAUUGAGCUAAUUAUUGAUGGUAAAUGCGCGGACAGUUGGGUGGAUCCAUCCGUAAAGAAAGCAAAAACCAAAAAGCAGAAUGAUAAAAAGUCAAAGGUCGAAAAAGAGAAGGAACAACCUAAAAUCUCUUCAAAUCAAUCAAUUAAUAAUAAUAAGAAGGCUCUUGCAAAUGCUGACGCUCCGAAAAAACCUUUAAAGCAAAAUGGGGCUAAAAAAGGUAGUAGACAGGUCAACCAAGUCAAAAACGGUUCUAGCAAGCCGUCCAACAAACCUCGUACGGAAUUACCUUCAAAUGAUGGGUGGAUCUUAGAAUGUGGUGAGUGGAAAGGGGAAACAAUCGAGAUUGUUAAUUCCUGCGUCGAUAUUCCCAUUAACAUACAAGAGGACACUGAGCUUCUGAGACUCGUUACCACUCAGGACGUUGAACCACCUGCAGAGGAAGAAGUGAAAGAAAAAGAGGUCGAAGGGGUUAUAGAGAGUUUUGAGGACCCUCCAAAGCAAAUUGAUGAGAAGCAGGUUGUACAAGAAGAACCAACUUCAGAGGAGAUAGAUGCGGCGCAACUCGUAAAAGCAAAACUUUUCUCUCCCUAUGCUCAAAGUGCCACUCCUCAGUCUUCUGCACAUUCUAACAUACCUGUUUUCUUCGCUCCCGGUUCUACAGAAUUUCCCUUGCGCGAUGAAAAUUCCUCUAUUCAGUUUUUAACUAAUUAUGUUCAAAUUCCUUCUCCAAACUUCAAUGCUAACGUUUUUGCUGGUCUGGAUUUAAGCAAGAUAAAACAGGCAGCUCCUCUUACCCAGCAAAUGCCUGCACGAAUUGAAUCGUUCCAAGAGGCCUUUACUGCAACCAUUCCACCUCAGGUCACUCCGGUUGCUCCAAUUAUUCAGUCUGAUCAAGCCUUUAAUUCUGGUUCAUUGCAACAUCCAAAUAUUGCCUCCGCCUCUGUACAGAAGGAAUCUUUCUCCAAAAUUCAGGAAAAUCAGGCACAGGGAACUCAUCCUCACCAAUCUCAAGCUGUAAAUAAUUUUGACAACCCGUAUAAUUGUAAUCUUCUUGAAUUGUCACAAAAUAUGAAGAAUGUUAAUCUCCAGGAUAUGCAGUUGGGGAAGAGUGAUGCUUUUACUCAGUCGUCUUCAAGUCAAUCGGAUAACAUGCCCACGGUGACUUAUCAGUUCCCUGUGUCCAAGUCCUCUGUUGGUGGGAUGUCUCAACAAGGGCAACAGAUAAAACCAAUCUCUAUUAUUCCUCCAAGCACCGGUCCUCAGCAAACACAACAAUCUAUGCCGCCCACUCAAACAGCACCCCUUCCUCCUACUUUACUGCAUUUUCCGCAGAUAAUGAGUCAUUUACAACAAAACAUGCCAUUUUUCAGCUUCCAUCAGCCCCCGGCUACCACAACUCCUCCAAUGAUUGAUUACGAAUCUAUGCAGGCAAUGAAUCAAUCAAGAAUAGUCUUUGAGAUGCAGAACCAUGCCUCUGCUCCCGCUCAAACCGUUACUAAUGACAGCAGUAAUAGUAACGUGUCAAAUGCUUCUGAUGUGAUGCCGUCAAAUAAACCGACAAAUAUGCCUCAACCCCCUCAACCGCCUAUUCACCCAGUAAACACGACAAAUUCUGGUUUCUUCUUGCCCUAUAAUUUGAAUAACGGAAUGGUAUUCAUGAACAGUUAUCCCAACACUUUCAUGGGUCAGCAGCAGCAACAGGCUGCAGUAACACAACAGAGUCAAAACACAUCUACAGGACCUCAUGGUGCAUCUCCUCUCUCACAUGCUGGAAAUAACCAGUUUGCCAAACCCAUGUCUGCUCCUACUAAUUUCCCUCCCUACCAAAAUAUGAGGCAGGCAAACUUUGAAGAGAUGAAUGACAUGUUCUAUUCGAGUUUGCCGAAACAAAUGAACUUCAAACAGGGAUACUACAAUGGCCCAAAGCCUGAUAUGGGAAAUAAACUUCCACAGCAAGCUGGCGGUAUGUCACCAAAUCAACAAGGAGGACCUAACUCUCAGCUGCAACAGCAACAGAGUAGUUCUAAUCAAAUACAAGCACAAAAUCUUUAUUCUCAGCAGAAUCAGGGACAGUUACCGUUUUAUCAAACACCAGCUUUUGUUGCUGCUGCUGCGGUUGCAGCUCAAAAUCAGCAGCCUAAUCAGGCGAAUCAAUCUACUGCGGGUGUUGGUGGACAAGGACCUGGUGGUAUGGUGCCUUUACACGGCCGACCAACACAUUGA